AAUGGUAGAGACCAAAACAGGUGUAGGGCCGGUCUGGGUGGUACGGGUCGGGCCAGCGCCUAUGAUAUGAAUGGCUAGGUUUUGGUUUGGAUUACUAUCUAAUCUCACAUAUGCAUUACUAGACAUGCUAGACACUAGUCCUAGCUUGAAAGUGAACUUUGUCCAAUAGUUAGCAUAAUCUGCUCACAUUGCAAUUCAACUACUUGAAAUCAUUCUAAGCCAAUUACGCCAAAAUAAACACUCUGUAGUGUCAAGAUGCAGAAAGUUUCCACUUUGGUCUCCGUGAGCUGGGUUGCCAAGCAGAUUAAUUCUCAAGCGAAGAAUCUCCGCAUCAUUGAUGCAUCAUGGCAUCUUCCCGUGUUCAAACGCGAUCCCCUGAAAGAGUAUCAGGAGGGCCACAUUCCCGGGGCCCUGUUUUUCGAGCUUGCUAAAUGCAACGCGUCUACUAACCUAGCCCAUACCCUCCCCAGUCCGGAUGCAUUCGCAGAAUUUAUUGGAAAACUGGGCAUCGACAAUGAUACCCAGGUAGUUUUGUACGAGAACAACGCCAAGUUUGGGGUGUUUUCGGUUCCCCGGGUCUGGUGGAUGUUCCGUGUAUUCGGACACAACAACGUCUCCGUCAUGGAAGGCGGUCUUCCUCUCUGGAUCAAAGAAGGACACGAAACAACCGACGUCAUUCCCGAGGUUGACCCGGUAAAAUUCAGGCCUUCUUUCGUUCCCGAGCUGUACAAGAGCCUUGCGGACAUCGAGGCAAACUUGGAGGCGGAGACGUUUAAAGUGGCGGAUGCUCGACCCAAGGGGCGAUUUAAUGGAGAGAUGCCGGAACCUCGAAAAGACAUCGAGCCCGGUCACAUGCCCAAUGCCAUCAAUCUGCCCUUUCUGACCCUGCUCCAAGAAGAAGAUGGGAUCUCCAAGUUCAAAUCUCCAGAGGCGCUCAAGGAGGCUUUUGCCGAGGCUGGUCUGGACCUGAGCCAGCCCAUCACAACGUCGUGCGGGUCGGGCAUCUCGGCUUGCAUCGUGGCCAUGGGGGCCUUCUUGGCCGGCAAGGAGGACGUGCCGGUGUUUGACGGAUCCUGGGAGGAGUUUUACCUCAAGAUGAAGGACACCAAGCCAGAGAACAUCCUGAAGGGAUAAAUGAUUGGGGCAGGACACACUGGGCUCGGGUGAAUAACUGUUCCACCCAGGAAGAUUCAGAGUGUGGAAUCGUUUAUUGUAGUUGGUUCUGACACAGUUGCCCAAGCCUAGCAGUUAGCUCUCAGUCCACUGCAAGAUCUCCUUGCAUUCCAGAUAUCGACCCAAAAAAAAUAUCAGUAGAACUGUAUUAGCGAGUUAUUAGCUGACUAGAAUUAACAGACAUCAGUUAAUAGUGGUGGGAGGAAUAAGAGAUUUUAAAAUCCGGUUAUCCUAAAACUUUUCUCAACUGAAUAAACGGUUGUCUGAUUUCACCUGAAGUUCCCAUCCAGCUCACAGUCAUGCCAACUAAAUGUGAUGAGUGAGGUGCCACACACAUUGCCUUUCGUAUGAUUGGGUAUAGUUUGCAGGAUUCACUGAACACUGGGCCUUUACAAAAAAACCACUUCAGAGCUGUAUUAAAAAGUGUAAUGUUGGA